GUAGUAGUAUAAAUAGUACUUGAUCUUCAUGUCAACACCAGCGCGCUCUCGUGCAUUGUCUAAAUAGGUAACCCUCGUCGUACGUCAUUGCCUGAGCCACAUUGAUUCUCGCCCCGCGCCCCACGCGCCUGUCGGCUGUCGAGAGGCUUCGCAAGGCAGACAUUACUUGCAUAAUCCCAACGAAACCUAGAAAGCACCCUGUCUCGCGCCCUUCAAACUUGUGUACUGCGCUCUGUGAUCACCAAGUCGCACCAUCUUCACCUAGGUCCCCUGAGCUCUCCACGCCGCAGCGCGCCUGACAGCAACAUGCCCGGCGGUCUUAGCCGGCUAAUGGAUAAGGGAAAGCACCACUUCAGACAGACGCUGAGCCCGACCGACGACGCAUACCUCUCCUACCAUGACAUAAGGUUAAUGCGAACGGACGUUGAAAGCAUCAAGGAUGACUGGCUCACAGACAACGCUAUCGCAUUCUGGCAAGAAUACCUCGAACGCGAAGACCUCACAGCCUUCCCAAAGGCCUCAAUCGUGCUCCUCCGCCCUUCGAUGAGCUUUAUGCUCAUGCAAACGCCCGAUCCUCUUUCCCUCAAAGAAGCCCUUCCCAACUUCAGCACGACCACUCACGUUUUCCUCCCCAUAAACGAUUGCGCCGAUGUCACAGCCGCAGAAGGCGGGUCGCAUUGGUCGUUACUGCUCGUCUCUGUCAUUGAUGGCGUAGCUUUCCAUUACGACUCGAUGUCCGCUAGCAACGACCGAGAAGCACGAAGCACAAGCAUGAAGAUGGAACAGCUGCUUGGGAAGAGGCUGCGCUACAUCCCGAUGCACGACUCACCGCAACAGGAAAACGGCAGCGAUUGCGGCGUUUUCGUUUGUGUGCUGAUGAAGCAUUUGUUGCUGAAGCGAUUGUUGAAAGCAGAUGCGAGCAGGAAAAUCAGCAUGAGCAUGAAGGAUGCACACAUCAACGCGCGAGAUGGGCGUAAGCAGAUGCUGAAGGUCAUUGAAGACAGGAAGAAGGAAGGCGAGAGGCGGCGAUCACGCAGCCACUCGCCAUACCGACCGUUGUCGUCGCACUCGAAGAGCCCACCGCGUAUCGGCGCGGAGCAGGAAGAAGAGAAGAAACAUUAAUUGCUCGCAUGACACACACUUGUUACAUUAGCAGACAUCAGGACAGCACUGGGGUGCACAGCUCACGAUUACAUCUGUAGACUCUAUGUCUCUACUGCUACAUCAUUCAGACGACCAUGACACGACUUAUUCCACUGUCUCAUCCUAAGAGAAUGCAUGAGGCAUGACGACCAACAAACAUCAUAAAACGAAUAUGCGAGCAAUGCGCUCAAAACAUACGAUAUCAUGUACGACAUUUACAGAGAGCUCACGAGCAUCAGCGGGGAACAGUAGGGCAAACGCUUAGACUUCAAUUCAUCAGUAGUGAAUGGUCACCCUCGUGAGGGCUAUUCAGGCAGCAUGCCAUCUGCAUUUUGUGAAC